AUGGCGGGAAUUAGACCCUUUUUUUGGAUUAGCUGCGUGCUGCUACUUGGCGUGGAUCUUAAACUUGCCUGGGCUGAUCCCAAUGUCGCACUCAUCAACCAAGUGCUUAGUUACAUGGAUCAAAGUCUCGAGCCCUGCCAGAACUUUCAAAACUAUUCAACCAAGUACGCAAAAUGGAUAAAGCCACCAACGCGUGCAAAGUUUCAUACCAUGUUCGACGAAUUAAAGGAUCAAGACCUUGAGGAGGGUAGCCUGGAGGGAAAAAUACAGCGAUUCUAUAACAUCUGUCUGGCAAGAACGCCAAGCCCUUAUAAUAGGGAACCAGUGCAACGAUUGACUCUCCAGGAACUGGAGAUCCAACAUGGGAUAUCCCUGAGCAAAUAUCUUGAGUUCUUUUUCGAUCAAACCGUUCCGCCCACUGCUACUGUACAUGUUAUGAACCAGGAUAUCUUUCAUGAGUUCAAGGAACUGUUGAAAAACUUUCACCUGGGUGAAUCGCGAAAUAUUAUCGAGUUCCAUAGAUCUUUUGUAUUCUCGCUAAAUUUUCCCGAAAUCGGAAAGGUUCAUAAAUGUGCCACAUAUACGACCGCUUACCUGCAGUUAGCUUCCAACCUACUCUAUGAGGAGCGUGUUUUGGGUCCCGCAAAAGUAAGUCAAUACCAGUCCCAAGUUCAACUUAUUUUCAAGGCGAUCCGCCAUCAAUUAAUCACCCGACUCAAAAGAAACUCACUUAACUGGACGUCGACUGAGAUUAAGGAUCUUCAAGAAAAUUUAAAUAGUUUAACCCUUAGAAUUGGGCAUCUACCAAAGACACUCAAUCACCGUCAGUUUGUAACAAACCGCUAUAAGCACUUAAACUUUACCGUCGAAGACGACUACGAUUCUGCAGUUCUUAAGGCUCGGCAGGUCCUGGGUCUUGAAGAAGAUCUCGAACUGUUCAGCGUUCUAAAGGCUCGCCAGAUCCUGGAUCUUAAAGAAGAUUUCGAACUUUUCGACGGUUUAAAUAAAAUUGAGCGCUCUGGAAAUAACAUCGUGGUGCCUUACAAACUAUUGGCCAAUACAUACAGCCUUUCACCUCGAAAGCCAUGA